GAGCAAGAUGAGCUUCGGAGACCGCCACACCGUGUCGUCCUACCGCAAGAUCUUCGGAGAUUCUCCCCGCUUCCCGACUUCUGCCUCCCGCAUGGGCAGCGCGGCUCCUCGGCCCUUGCCAGGGCCCAGAGCCACGACCGUGCCCCGCCACGGCGCAUCUUCCGUGGGGAUGUACAGACGCAUCGGUCGGUCCUCCGCUCCGUUCUCUCUAGUUGCGACCGGUUCUUUCGAUUUGAGCCAAACCUCUGUGAUCAACAAUGAAUUCAAAGUGAUCAGAACCAACGAGAAGGAGCAGCUGCAGGGUCUGAAUGACCGCUUCGCCAUGUUCAUCGAUAAAGUCCGGCAUUUGGAGCAGCAGAACAAAGUCCUGGAGGCGGAGCUGGUGAGCCUCCGGCAGAAACACGGCGAGCCUUCCCGCGUCGGGCUUCUCUACCAGCAGGAGAUGAGAGACCUGCGCUCCCAGCUGGACGAGCUGAACCGGGACAAAAACCAAAUCCUGAUCGAGAGGAACAACAUGGAGGACGAGCUGCAGAAGCUGAGCGUGAAGUUCGAGGAAGAGGCGAGGGCGCGGGAGGAAGCCGAGCAAACCCUGCGGUCCUUCAGGAAGGAUGUGGACGACGCGGCGGCGGUCCGCUUGGACCUGGAGCGGCGCAUUGAGUCGCUGUCGGAUGAAAUCUCCUUCAUGAAGAAGGUGCAUGAAGAGGAAAUUGAGGAGCUGAGCAACAUGAUGGAGGUUCAGCAGGUCUCCGUGGAGAUGGAGCUCGCCAAACCGGACCUCACCUCGGCUCUGAAGGAGAUCCGCAGCCAAUAUGAGUCCAUUGCCUCCAAAAACCUGCAGUCGGCCGAGGAGUGGUACAAGAGCAAGUUCGCGAGCCUGAGUGAGCAGGCGAGCCGGAGCAACGAGGCGAUGAGGGCCAGCAGGGAAGAGAUCAACGAGUUCAGGAGGCAGCUGCAGUCCAAGACGGUGGAGAUAGAAACCCUGAGGGGCGCCAACGAGUCUCUGGACAGGCAGAUAGGCGAGAUGGAGGACACGCACAAUGUCGAGGUCACAGCCAUGCAGGACACCAUUAGCCACCUGGACACUGAGCUGAGGAACCUGAAGAGUGAGAUGGCUCAGCACCUGAGGGAAUACCAAGACCUGCUCAAUGUCAAGAUGGCUCUGGAUAUCGAGAUCGCCGCCUACAGAAAACUAUUGGAGGGAGAGGAGACCCACUUCAACUCUGGGAUGUCGUUCGGCACGGCUAGCUACAGCUACCAAGCUCGAAGCUCGACCGAAUCGUACAAAAGCAGCCAGGGGGAGAAAGGAGGAGCCAUGAAGGAAAGCUUCAAGGGCAUCAGCGAGGACAAAGAAGAGGCAGACAUCAACUCCAACAACUGAACACAAGCGGGGGAGAAAUUACACCCAAUCAUGAGCAUCAAAGCUGUAACGUAGGGUUAUUAUGCAACUUUAAAACAAGAAUUGGGUCCACAAGUUUGAAUUGAUCUUAGGUUUAGUCUUGACGCCAUUUUUGUAGUUUUUUUUUUUAAUAGUUCUGGCUGGAUAACUGACCGUUCAUCUUGGUAUAAUUAACAUUUUGGGAUUUAAUUUAAGGUAUUUUCCUGUUUUAAACCCAUGAAUUGUACUUGAAGUAAUAUAAUAAUACCCUUUAAAUAAGAAUGUAACUAAUUGUCUAA